AUGCUCAACAAAUUCUUCGUAUCCAACCGGCGCGACUUCUCGUCCCUUUCCGAACAGGAAGUGCUUGCGCUUGCGAUCUCGUCGGAAGAGGACGAUGCGCGCAUCUACCUGGCCUAUGCGGACGGGUUGCGCGAGGACUAUCCGCAAUCAGCGAAGAUCUUCGAGGACAUGGCCGCCGAGGAAGGCGAGCACCGCACCCGGCUGAUCGAAUUGCACAAGAAGCGCUUCGGCGACACCAUUCCGCUGAUCCGGCGCGAACAUGUGCGCGGCUAUUACGACCGCAAGCCGGACUGGCUGGUGCGUCCGCUGGGUCUCGACAAGGUGCGCGGCCAGGCCGCCGAGAUGGAGGCGCAGGCGCAGCGCUUUUAUCAUCGCGCGGCGCAGCAGUGCACGGAUGCGGACACGCGGGCGCUGCUCGGCGAUCUGGCGCUCGCCGAGAGCGGGCACGAGCAAAAGGCGGUGCAGUUGGAAGCCGAGCAUCUGCCAGAGGAUGCGCGCCAGGAGGAGGACGAUGCCGAGCGCAAGCAGUUCAUUCUGACCUAUGUGCAGCCCGGUCUCGCCGGGCUGAUGGACGGAUCGGUAUCGACGCUGGCGCCGAUCUUCGCCACCGCGUUCGCCACCCAGGACACAUGGACGACUUUCCUGGUCGGCCUUGCCGCCUCGGUCGGCGCGGGCAUUUCGAUGGGCUUCACCGAGGUGGCCUCCGACGACGGCGUGAUUUCCGGGCGCGGCUCGCCGAUCAAGCGCGGGCUGGCAACCGGCAUCAUGACGACCGUCGGCGGCCUAGGCCAUGCGCUGCCCUAUCUGAUCCCGCAUUUCUGGACCGCGACGAUCAUCGCCAUGGUCAUCGUCGUCAUCGAACUGUGGGCGAUCACCUGGACGCAGAACCGCUUCAUGGAAACGCCGUGGGGGCGGGCGAUCUUCCAGGUGGUGCUGGGCGGCACGCUGGUCUUCGCCGCCGGCAUGCUGAUCGGCAAUGCUUAG